AUGUGUCGCGCGAACCUGGCGCCACAGCGGGCCUCAUCCACUUUCCGCCAGACCCCUCGCCCAUUGACAUGGCUGCAAAAGACAAACGAAAGUCUGCACCAGCCCGUUUCGAGCUCAUUGGCGACAUGUGAAGCCCUGGCGUGUCGGCCGGGGACCACAUCUCCACCACAAUCUGCCGUGCUCGCAAUUCCCAUAGUCAUGGCCUCGCCAACUCAAUACAAGUCAUCCCAGACUAUCAGUAUGCACAUCCAACAGGACAGCGCCGUGCACUUGCACGACGCCUCGCAAUCCUCACACUCGCAAUCCUCACACUCGCAAUCAGGCCCCACACCUCAAAAUACGUCGCUCAAUUCCGAGCCCUCGUCGUUGGAGAGUGAGCAGGACCAAGGCUUUUCGUCCGACUCGGGCUUUGACAGCGGGAGCCUUCUCGGUGAUGAAACCGACUCGCUGGCCUCGUCAAUCCUCAACCACCGCAUGGAGAAUGGGCGACAGUACCAUGCCUACCGAGACGGGUCCUACUGGGGACCCAACGAUGAGCUGGCCAAGGAGAUAUUGGACUUUGCCCACCACAUGUAUCUCUUGACUCUCGACCAGAAGCUGCAUCUUGCACCUUUGCAGAAUCCACAGACAAUUCUGGACUGCGGCACGGGGACUGGCAUCUGGGCCAUUGACAUGGCUGACCAGUACCCAUCUGCGAUCGUUACCGGCACCGACCUCUCUCCAAUACAACCAGAGUGGGUGCCUCCCAACUGCCAUUUCGAGAUCGACGACGUGUCUCAGGACUGGACAUUUCCGCCCAACCACUUCGACUUCAUACAUAUCCGCGAGCUUUUCGGUUGCAUUCCAGAUUGGGACUUCUUCUUUGCACAAGCAUAUCAACACACCAAACCCGGAGGCUGGAUCGAGAUUGUCGAGCAUUCUGUAUGUCCUAUAGCCGAUGACGAAAGCAUGGGACCGGACCAUUUCUAUCACACGUGGGGCAAGGUUGUGGUCGAGAUGGGUGACAGAUUCGGCAAGACUUUUACCAUCUGGGAGGAGAGCGCCGAGCGACUGAGAAGAGCUGGGUUUGUCGACGUUACCGUAGUCGAUUACAAGUGGCCUAUGAACGGCUGGCCGACUGAUAAAAGAUUGAAGAACAUUGGAAGAUGGAAUCAACUGAGAUUGAUGGAUGGUGUGGAAGGCUUCAUGCUGCGAUUACUGACACAAGUUGGCGGGUGGUCCAUUGCACGGGCACAGUUACAUUUAGCGCAGAUGCGCAAAGAGCUGAAAAGCUACAGGGCCCAUGCAUAUCUUCCAGGAACCGUCGUCUAUGCUCGAAAGCCAUUCGUGACACGGUGACAUGAUCAACAAGUGCGAUUAAUCCGAUACCUGCCGUCAUAGUCUUGUUGAAAUCGUACACCACAGGCCCGUGACGCUUCAUCCUCCGACCUCCAUGAUGAGCUCAGAAAGAGGACGUGCCAGUACGAUGCAAAGCAGUACAAGAACGCUCCAGCAGCCUGUUGAACAUGGCCUACGCACCUUGUCUAACUUGGUGGCAGAGACAUCAGCCGAAAGCUUAUAUACGUAGGAUGGCUACUCCUGGUGAAUGUUGCCCAAAGUACAAAUCAAUUCCCGAAUACCAUCGUGUUGAUUAAACUGCGCCUGGGUGGUUUGUUAUUGCACAUUGAAGGUCCGUAGCACUAGGAGAAUGGACAGCAGUCUGAACACCA